UGUCACAUAUAUAUACCACCCACACUACCACCAAGUUUUGUCACAAGCUGAUCAACAAUUAUCUACCCCUCCAAGCUGCUUGUACUAACACCUACAAACCACAAAAACUCCGGCCACCGCUAAAUUAAUUUUUUCCGGCGAAAAGAUGGUCACCGUCGAGGAUGUCAGGAAGGCGCAACGGGCUGAAGGCCCAGCGACAGUCAUGGCGAUCGGAACCGCGACCCCGCCUAAUUGCGUUGAUCAGAGCACGUACCCGGAUUUCUACUUUCGGAUUACUAACAGCGAGCACAAGGCAGAGCUCAAAGAGAAGUUCCAACGCAUGUGCGACAAAUCCAUGAUCAACAAGCGUUAUAUGUACUUAACCGAAGAAAUCUUAAAGGAAAAUCCCAGCGUGUGCGAGUACAUGGCGCCUUCCCUGGACGCUAGGCAGGACAUGGUUGUGGUGGAAGUUCCCAAAUUAGGCAAAGAGGCUGCCACCAAGGCCAUAAAGGAAUGGGGCCAGCCCAAAUCCAAAAUCACCCACUUGGUCUUUUGCACCACCAGUGGUGUCGACAUGCCGGGCGCCGACUACCAGCUCACCAAGCUCCUCGGCCUCCGCCCAUCCGUCAAGCGCCUCAUGAUGUACCAACAAGGUUGCUUCGCUGGUGGUACGGUCCUCCGCCUGGCCAAGGACUUGGCAGAGAACAACAAAGGCGCCCGGGUUCUAGUCGUGUGUUCUGAGAUCACUGCUGUCACUUUCCGUGGGCCAAGUGACACCCACCUUGACAGUUUGGUUGGCCAGGCCCUCUUUGGAGAUGGUGCAGCUGCUAUUAUUGUUGGUGCGGACCCGGUACCCGAAGUUGAGAAGCCAUUGUUUGAGCUGGUCUCUGCGGCCCAAACCAUUCUACCCGAUAGCGAUGGGGCCAUCGAUGGACAUCUCCGCGAAGUGGGCCUUACUUUCCACUUGCUCAAAGAUGUUCCUGGGCUCAUCUCCAAGAACAUAGAAAAGGCCUUGACCGAGGCUUUUCAGCCCUUGGGCAUCUCCGAUUGGAAUUCCAUUUUCUGGAUCGCACAUCCCGGCGGGCCUGCUAUUCUAGACCAGGUGGAAUUGAAGUUGAGCCUUAAGCCCGAGAAAUUACGGGCCACGAGGCACGUGUUGAGCGAAUACGGGAACAUGUCGAGCGCGUGCGUGCUAUUCAUUUUGGAUGAGAUGAGGAGGAAGUCGGCCGAGGAAGAGCUCAAGACCACCGGCGAGGGGCUGGAGUGGGGUGUGCUCUUCGGGUUCGGGCCAGGGCUCACUGUUGAGACUGUGGUGCUGCACAGUUUGUGCACUUGAAUGUGGCUACACCCAUUAGCAUUGUUUCUGGAUUCUCUUUAAUUGCUCCUUGUGUGGCGAAUUUGCUUUGGUUGAUUUCUUUUCUUUUCUUUUUCGUGUUUAAAUUAAGAAUGAUAUUUAUGUGCUUGACAGCGUUAUUUAAUUACUGGAAUAUUUUGCUGGUUUGAUACCCCCAAAA